GUUAUGCUUUCCACCGUUGUCUCCUCGUCUUCAAUAAUUGAACAAGUGCACACACAGACACUGUCAUUAUUGUGCGCAGGGUUCGCUCGAUGGCUUCAACAAAACCAUGAGAUUGCUGUGAUGGUUUCAGAGACUCACAAGUGCACAAGGAGGUCACUACAAUCUGGCCAGAUCUGAGCCACACAAGUCAAUAUCCUAGCUAGCUUGUACUCAAACCGCCUAGUUUGAUGCAAAAACAAGGAGGUUAAUUUCUUUGCUUGCAAUCAAGGUAGGUCAUCUCAAUGGGUUAAGGGAACAAGGAGGACACCUCAAGUCGAAGAUCAAACCCAGUUACUUGUCAUCAGCAAAUAAGCUACCACGCAUUCAGUCACACAAAUAAGAAAUGACUCCAUGAGAGUUCUUUCUUUACCAUAAUCCAUAAGAUUAAUCCGAUGAUUUCAGAUUUCACCGCAUGGCAUAAGAUGGUCAUCCUGAAGAUAUUGUGGAAAAGAUGCAACAAGAUCACCAUCCAACAUAAACACUGACAACUCUAAGAGAGUAAUGGCAGAGAUUGUGAUUCUUCUAGCCAUUAAAAAGGUUGGAAUCGCAUUGGCUAAUGGAGCAGCGGACCAGGCCAGUUCCCUGUUUGCCAAGUACACCAGGCAACUGGUAGAGCUACAGGGCAGCAUAGGCCGUGUUGCAAGGGAGCUUCACGUACUGCAUGAUGUUCUCUGUCAAAUGGACAUUCGGAACCGCAACAAUCAAGUAUACGAGGGCUGGUUGGAAGGGGUGCGGAAGGUAGCACAUGUGAUGGAGGACAAUGUGGAUGAGUACUUGUAUCUUGUUGGUCGGGAACAUGAUAUAGGGUGCUGCUUUUACCUGAAGACAGGGUUCAAAAAACCAAGAUCUCUGCUUUCUUUGAACCAGAUAGCUUCAAAUGUGAAGGCAAUAGAGAAAGACCUCGCCCACCUGUCGGAGAUGAAAAACCGUUGGGUUCCAAUGAUACAUGACGGGGACAGUAGCAGCACGAAUUACAUUGUCAAGAGGUCCCAAGAUCUAGCAAACAUUUCUGGUUUCCUUGAUGAAGAAGAUCUGGUGGGGGUGGAUAAAAACAGAGAAAAACUUGAGAAUUGGUUGUCCGGUCAUGAUUUUGGAUGUUGUGUGGUAGCACUGCUUGGAAUGGGAGGGCUUGGUAAAACAGCAUUAGCUGCGAAUGUCUACAAGAAGGAGAGAGAGAAAUUCCAAUGUCAUGCCUGGGUCUCCAUCUCUCAAACUUAUUCUAUAGAAGCUGUCUUGAGGACUAUAAUUGAGGAACUCUUCAAAGAUAAAGUCAAUGUUCCAUCAAACAUUGCGGCUAUGGACAUCACGUGCCUUCAAGAGACACUCAAGAGAUUUCUAGAGCAAAAGAAGUAUCUCAUCGUAUUGGAUGAUGUUUGGACUCCAGAAACAUUUCAUGAUCUGUCUAAGGCACUUAUUCAUAAUGACAAGGGCAGUAGAAUUAUAAUGACAACACGGGAACGCGCUGUGGCUGCCCUUUCCUCUGAAGGGCAUAUCUUAACUCUGGAAGCUUUGUCUGAAGAUGAUGCAUGGGAGCUCUUCUAUAAGAAAGCAUUUACUAAAGAUAGAAUUAAUCAUGAAUGCCCUGUAGAGUUGACUGCUUUGUCAGAGGAAAUAGUUAGCAAGUGCAAAGGAUUGCCUCUCGCUAUCGUGUCAGUCGGUAGCCUCUUGCAUGUGCGUGAGAAAACUGUGGAAGAAUGGAGAAGAAUAAAUGACCAAUUGAGUUGGGAGUUAAUUCAUAAUUCGAGGCUCGACCAUGUAAGGAAUGUUUUGAAUCUGAGCUUCAUCUACCUUCCAACACACUUGAAAAGUUGCUUCUUAUACUGCAGCUUAUUUCCAGAAGAUUAUAUUUUCCAUAGAAAAAAGCUUGUACGGUUAUGGAUUGCAGAGGAGUUCAUCGAGGAGAGGGGUGUAAGCACAUUGGAAGAAGUGGCAGAAGGUUAUCUCAAGGAGUUGGUUGACAGAAAUAUGCUACAACUUGUUGAAAAGAAUUCAUUUGGCCGGACGAAGAAAUUCAAAAUGCAUGAUAUCUUACGUGAAUUAGCAGUUGAUCUGUGCCAGAAGGAUUGUUUUGGUGUUAUAUAUGAGGAGGAUAACUGUGUGGGCUUUCUUGAGAUGGAUGGACGUCGAUUGGUAGUGCAAAAGCUAAAGAAAGAUAUCCUAGAGUUAUUUUCUAUUGUACACCGACUUCGAACUUUCAUUACACUGGACAAUAGCAUGCCAUCCUUCACUCUACUACCUCAGCUAUCUAACAAGUCGAGAUAUAUGACAGUGCUAGAGUUAAGUGGUCUACCCAUCGAGAAGAUUCCAGAUGCUAUUGGAGAUCUUUUUAAUCUCUGCCAUUUGGGUCUGCUGGAUUCAAAGGUGAAGCUGCUUCCAAAAUCUGUUGAGAAGCUUUUAAACUUGUUAACACUGGAUGUUUGUAGUUCUGAAAUUGAGGAGCUGCCUGGAGGUAUUGUGAAAUUGAAGAAUCUUAGGCACUUGUUUGCUGAGAAAGGGAAUGGUCUAACGUGGAGAAAUUUUCAGUGCCGUAGUGGUGUAUGCAUCCCAAAUGGACUUGGGAGCCUGACAAACCUGCAGACGCUAAAAGCACCGGAAGCACGUCAUGAGUCCGUUGGACAGCUUGGGGAGCUGAGGCAACUUACAAGCUUGAGAAUAUGGAAUAUCAAGGGAUUCUAUUGUGAACGUCUCUCUGAGUCUCUAGUGCAGAUGCGAUUUUUGUCCUAUCUUUACGUGAGUGCAAGUGAUGAGCAUGAGGUUCUCCAAUUGACUGCUCUCCCACCAAACAUGCAAAAGCUAUCUUUGAGAGGACGAUCAGCGGAAGGUGCAUUCCUACAUGCAUUGGACGAGUCUCCUCUCUUCCAAGCUGUUGCAGAGCAGAACUUCUAUUCAUUGCAUCUAGAUUGGUCACAGCUGAGAGAAGACCCCCUGCCAUCUCUUUCCCGGUUGUCAAAUUUGACGAAGCUAGAUUUCACCAGAGCGUACAAUGGAGAGCAGCUAGCAUUUCUCACGGGGUGGUUUCCCAAGCUGAAGACUCUCUCUUUAAGAGACCUGCCUAAUCUGAAGAGGCUAGAGAUACUGCAAGGUGCCAUGGCGACUCUGGAAAACUUAUACUUAGUCAACCUCAGCAGCAUGACGGAGGUCCCAGCUGGCCUUGAGUUCCUAAUGCCCCUGCAGUAUCUAGCCUUCCGCGAAAUCAGCAGUGACUUCCUGACGUCACUGCGCCAAUGUUCUGCAACUCGAGGGAGGUUCUGGUACUCUCUCCGACGUUUACCAGACACACUGGCUGGGAACGUGUAGGUCACCGGCGGGAAAGAACUGAAGCUGCUCCAUUAUUUGGAUAGCAUGCAAGGAUUGAGUUCACUUUUGAUGCUACGUACGACAGCCUGUGUUUGCUGCUUCUCGCUACAUUUAUAUUAGUGUCGUAGUCGAAUUGCUUGCUAGUUUAAAGUGUUAGAAUUAGCAUCCAAUUCGGAAAGGUUUCGUCCCGAAGAAGAUUACCCUGCCGACCUGGUAUGUUUAGUAUUAUUUUCUUUUACUCCAAUUUGUAAUUGGCUAUUUCUAGCCUUCAUUACUUGUACAAUAAGGCAAGCAGAAAUUAUUAUUCUA